GAAAGUGAUGAAAAAAUGAAAUACUAGCAUGUCAACAGGCCAGUUUCCGUUGAAGACACAACAGCGACCAGGAAUGGGGUCAUGAAGUUUAGCGUUCAGUUAACCAUGGCGGGAGUUUGAAAAUAACGACUGACUGGCUAAAUAAAGAGCUUCAAUGUUAGCCUUAGAAUGAGCUCAACAGCUCGCUACAUAGCUUAUGCCAUAGUAAUCAUCUUUGGACUWGUAGUAUUUGUAUUAGUUGCAAUCCUUGCUAUAACGUACUUCACUCGACGAAGACGCGCUCGUUAUUCAAGAGGAGCAAGGCGUUUGCACUCUCAAUACUCUUUCAUCUCGCCUCUUGAUCAUCCACAAUUUGUAAUUMCACCGUAUGUCACCGACGAGGACGUAUUUGAGAGCGGCAGCGAAAGUUCUUUGAGUGUAAUCCAAGAGGAAACAAGUGAGCGCGGUUCGCCCUUGAAUCAGUCACCGCUUGGGACUCCAACGAUCACYCGACCUCAGUUGCAAAGAUCUGUGAGUGAAAUUGAAAGCAGGUAUAACAGAGAACGGUCGAGACCGAAAUAUCGUAGAACWGUUUCUACGCUUGGAGGAUCWCUGUCUCAUCAACAGCUAAAGAGGAAGCCCUCGGCCGUGCCUCCACAUGGGAAAAUUCAAGCUUCGAUUCAUUAUGAUACAAGUAAAAGUUUACUGGUAGUUGAGCGCUCAGAUCCUCUUACAARUAAGCUGAUCCGUGAUUGGUUGAAUUUCACCUCGGCAGCCAUGCUCGUUGAUAGAAAGAAAAUAUUUGAUGGGAAAAAAAACUUGAACAAAAAACUCNUCAGCGGCGAAGACGAAAAAGACAUGCGCACAAAUUUCAUGAAUCUCUCGACCAAUAGGAUUUGUGCAUUUGAUCGUGUUGCGCUGGAAAAGGCGAGGGUGUCGACAUUAAAGUUCGUUGUUCUGGAUUAUGAUAAAUUCUCAAGAAGUGAAUUUGUUGCGGGACUAACAGUUCCACUCAGCGAGCUAAAUAUAGAAGAAGGAGAAACCAUUUUGCGAAAACUUAAAUCGCAAGGAAUGCCCGAAGUGGAUGAAUCGCUGGGAACACUGUCGGUAUCCCUGUGCCAGGAACCAAGGGAAGGCCGUUUAGUUGUUCACGUAAUCAAAGCGGAAAAUUUGCCAUCCAACAAAACCGAAGAAUUAACUGAUUCAUAUGUGCGAGUAACAUACCGUGCACAGGGUAAACAGAUCGACAGACGAAAGACUAAGGUCAUUAAGCGAACAGCAAACCCAGUUUUCAACGAGCCAUUUAUCUUUCAAAUGAAAGAAGAAGAGUUAACUCACUCCAGCGUUGUUUGUGAUGUCUUUUAUGGCGAUUUUAAACUCAAAACAGCAAAGAUUGGUCAUGUAAGCCUUGGUACUGGCCAGGAAUCGUUUGGAAGCGAGAUUAGACAUUGGAAUGAAAUGAUGUCAUCGCCUGAGAAACAAAUUGUCCAAUGUCAUAGCUUACGCUCGUGAAGAACACAGAAUAAGACAGUUGUCUUCAAGUAAUUCUAUUGAAAGGAUCAUUAAACACCCCAAAACUAAGGAUUUUGUUAUGGUCGUACUAUAUCAUAUGUGUUAAAACGAUUGUGGUUUGUGUCUUUGAAGUGUUCUCUAACCCGCCAAAGUGCUUGAUUUCACAAAUGUGAACCAUGUCAGUCCAUACUUUAUUGAUAUUAUAAAAAAAUGUCACCAGUUGAGGAGGUAUAUAUUCGUAGCGGCAAAACAACGCAUAUUUUACCUACCAGAUCGAGCGUAUAAACAACAAUAUUAUAUUCAUUUCCAUAUUACUGUUCCCAGCACCACUUGAAAGGUGUGUAGCCUAGCCUUUGCAUCAAAGCGAGCUUGCAAUAAUAGAUACCUGUGAUUAGUUAAUUGUCCUUGGUGUGAUUACAAGGUAUUUAUCACUCAUGCAGGCUCAACUACUGUCUGGUAUUGAUGCAAAGGCUUGGCAACCUUUCAAGAUGGUACAAAAUGGAUAAUUGUGAAACGUCGGGUUGAGAAAGGGAAUUAGAAUGGCUUUCAUACUUGUCUAAUUCUCUGAUAAAUUUCACAUAUAGCAUCGUUCUUUGUAAUAUAUUACAUUACAUUGUUAUCAAUUGUAUUGUAAAUCUAUUGUUGUAUGUGUUAGAUUUGAAACACGGCCUUUGUGCAAGUCAACGACAUUUACGUCCAUUUAAUCCCCUUAACUAAAUUAGUAUUAUUUUGUUCUUGUUAUCUGUUUAAUUGUGUCAACAAUCAAUCAGUUCAGCAUUAUAUCGAAUCACGCUACAUUAAGGUGUGCCAAGCUCGUCAACGUAACAAACCCCUUUUGUCAGUUUUAAGUUAGCCAGUAAGCUACAAUCGUUUCAAUAUUCAUCGUCUUAGUAAUCUAUCUCUAUCUGGUGCAUCUGUAUACCAAACUUCAAACCGACAUUCUCGACAUUAUCAACAUUCUCGACAUCAUUAUCGUCAAUCCGUAAAUAAAAUCAUCAAUUCCA